UUUCUGGAAUCUUUGGAGUUAAAAUGUCAUAUGACUGAAACCUGAAUAAAAUUUGUACGAUGAUUAAAUUUAUAUUCCCAGGAAAAAUAGUGAAUUCAGAAAGAUGCAGUAAUGGAUAUGUACAUGAAAAUGCUGUAGUAUAGGCAUUUUCAUAUCCUUUAGUAGAUUUCCUCUAUAAUUUUUAGAAAAAUUGACUGUUAAAAGUUUUUAGGCAUAAAUUCUUAAAAGUGCUUUUUGUUUGCUUAUUCUUAACUUUGGAUCAGAGACUGUUCACUAUGAGUGCCUGUAAUGAUACAAAUGAACCUGAGUUCACGCUUGUGGGACUGACAGACUCCAAGGAGAUUCAGCUGGUCCUCUCUGUUUUGUUUCUCCUGAUAUACAUGCUCACUGUCUUGGGAAACAUAGGUAUGAUACUGAUCAUUCAUCUAGAUGUCCAGCUCCACACUCCAAUGUAUUUUUUCCUCACCCACUUGUCAUUCCUUGACCUCAGUUACUCAACUGUAAUCACACCUAAAACCUUACAGAAUACGCUGACCUCCAUAAAAAAUAUUUCCUUCAUGGGAUGCUUCACCCAGUUGUAUUUCUUUGUCCUCUUGGCAGCUUCUGAAUGUUUUAUACUUUCGUCAAUGGCCUAUGACCGCUAUGUAGCUAUCUGCAACCCUCUACACUAUCCAGUUAUUAUGUCCCCUAGGCGCUCAUAUACUCUCAUCACUGUGUCCUACAUGAUUGGAGUUUUGGAUUCUUCUGUCACUGUCUUUUGCUUAAGCACACUGGAUUUCUGCAACUCCAAAGUAAUUCAUCACUUCUUUUGUGACACAUUCCCAAUUUUAGCUCUGUCCUGCAGUGAUACCUAUAAUGCAGAAGCCACUAUAUUCGUUUUAGCUGGUUCCACUCUAUUGCUGUCGCUCAUCACGAUAUCCUCAUCCUAUGUAUCUAUUCUCUCUACAAUUUUGAAGAUAAAUUCUUCUUCAGGAAAGCACAAAGCCUUCUCUACAUGUGCCUCACAUCUUAUAGGAGUCACUGUUUUUUAUGGUACAAUGAUCUUUACUUAUUUAAAACCAAGUACGUCCUACUCCCUGGGAAAGGAUCAAGUAGCCUCUGUUUUUUAUACUAUAGUGAUUCCCAUGCUGAACCCACUUAUCUAUAGUCUCAGGAACAAAGAAGUGAAAAGUGCUGUUGUUAGAGUUAUGAAGAAGAGAGAGUGCACCCAGAAACUAAAAUAA